AUGUCGAGCGACGAAGGACGCUACGCGAUGGCGCGUGCCGUACUGGGCGAUGCGUUCGCGCAAGUGCGCAAUGCACGUAUGCUGAUUAUUGGUGCCGGGGGUAUCGGGAGCGAGGUGCUUAAGGAUUUGGUCUGUGUGGGCGUCGGCCACCUGGAAAUUAUUGAUUUGGAUACCAUCGACCUCUCCAACCUGAACCGCCAGUUUCUAUUCCAGAAGAAACACAUAGGCAAACCAAAAGCUACUGUGGCAAAAACAACUGCAUCGGCGUUCAAUCCCGACGUGGAGAUUGUCGCACACCAUGCGAAUGUUCGGGAUCCGCGCUUCCAUGUACGCUUCUUCCAGACGUUCGACGUCGUGCUUGGCGCUCUGGACAAUCUGGAGACUCGCCGCUGGGUGAACAAAAUGUGCGUUGCAGCGCAGGUGCCGCUGGUUGAAAGCGGCACCGCAGGAUACCUGGGACAGGUGCAGCCAAUUCGUGCAGGCUUUACAGAGUGCUACGACUGCACCGCGCAUCCUACACCGACGACGUAUCCCGUAUGCACGAUCCGCUCCACUCCUUCUACGCCGGUCCACUGCAUUGUAUGGGCGAAAAACUGGUUUUUUCCGCAACUCUUUGGCAAGUGCGACGACGACGACGCGGAGCUGGACGAGGCGGAAGAGGCAGGCGAGAAUGCGAAAGAACUUGCAAAUUUGCGGCGCGAAGCGCGGCAGAUGCGCGGAAUGCGCAAGGACAUGCUGGCCGGUGAUCGCGCCGCCAUUGGCCACGUGUUUGACAAGCUGUACGAUGUGGAUAUCCGGCGGCUCUUGAGCAUGGACGAGAUGUGGGAGCGGCGGACGAAGCCUGCACCGCUGUGCUGGAGGGAUGCACUGCACACGUCUGGCGAAGAGGCGUCAUCCACCGGGCUGCGUGAUCGCCAAGAGCUGUCCAUCGCUAAGAACACGCGCGUAUUUCUGGAUACGGCGCAAGUGCUCGCAGCGCGCGCGAAGAACGCGCCGCUCUCUUUCGACAAGGACGACGAGGAUGCACUUGCACUCGUCACUGCAGCAGCGAAUCUUCGGGCACAUGUGUACCACAUCCCGCAGCUGACGCAGUUCGAAGCGAAGCAGGUCGCCGGCAAUAUCAUUCCCGCGAUUGCGACGACCAAUGCAAUCGUCUCUGGCAUGGCUGUUGUGCAGGCACUGCAUAUGCUUGCGCAGCGCUGGGACAAGAUGCGUGUGGCGAGCCUUGCGCGGAAUACUGCGCGUGUAUUCACCACCUUUGCUCCUGCGCCGCCGAAUCCAGGGUGCGGCGUGUGUGGCGAAAUGUAUUUGCGUGCCUCGGCCAACGUCGACAAGACGACAUUGCAGGAUGUGCUGCGCGUCGUGCGGAAGCCAACGUCGGAAGGCGGCCUUGCCUACGACGAGGACGCCGAGAUUUCUGUCGCAAAUGGCGCUCGCAUACUGUACGAUAUGGAUUUGGACGACAAUGUAGAAAAGACGCUCGGCACACUGCGCAUCGAGCCGGGCGCUUCGUUGGCGGUGGUCGACGAGGACGGAUACCAAGUUACGGUCCAGCUGCUGAUCGAGCAUGACGAUGCAAUGGAUGGAUUUGUGGUGCACUGGCGCGGCGCACCGGCCGCUGUGCCGCGCCGAAAACAGAUACCGCCGCCGCCAACGGAAUCUGACGAAGAGGUGGAAGAAAUCGCGCCGCCCGCACAAGGCACCAAGCGGCGAGCCACGAGGGCGCCUGAUGGGAGUGCAAAACGCGGCGCGCCGUGCGACGAUGCGCCGCGCAAACGCACUGCGACGGGCAAUACAGACAUGCCGAUUGUGCUCGACUGA